UCCAGUCCGGGUUUUGGCGUCGGUGCAGAGCGCCGCGGGGCGGCUGGGCAGGUCCGGCAGAAGGGCUGGAGACGAGCCGGGCGGCGCAGGGGCAGGUGGCCGAAGCUUCGCCCGCCGUUGCGGUGCCCAGCCAGGGAGGAACUUUCCCCCGCAGCCGGGAAGGCGCCCCGCCGUCGACCCCGUGCGAGAGCGAGGCCACCCGACAGCAGCCCAGGAGCACAUGAACCAGAUUGCCAGAUUUCUUGACUGAGGAAGGCAGAAGCUGGGGGCUGCCACAUGGCUGAUGGGUCUGCCCUCUCUAAAGCCACCUCCCGGCCAUCUUCUCUUCCGGGUGCUUUGAACGAGAGAGUUUACAAUUCCACCUUUGCAUGGAUCAAGUGAAAGGUGUUACUCUCUGGAGGGAAUGCUUUAGCUCACACAGGCAUGCUGGAGAGAAGAUUAAGUCAGAGAAGAAGAAACCUGUGUUGAGAAGUUCAAGCCUGGAUCCGACAGAGACUUCCUCUCCAAACGAUGCUAGAGUAAAUUAUCUCCCGCUCUCACCUGUACCUUCUUAUCCAGGCUUUAUAACAACAUCCCUCAGGCUCUAUGUUAAAGACUCGAUUGCCUCCUCACCACAUUAGCUUCUUCUGAGCUGCCAGAGCCCCAAGAGGAAGAUGUUGGACCUGAGCUUUCUGACGGAGGAAGAAUAUGAAAAAUUGUUACAGGUGUUGCAGCGGGAUGCUGAGCUCAAAAAGAAGGACGGUGAUCGGAUCAGGCGAUUGCAAGACUCACUUAAGGAUGAAAAGAAGAAGAAAUUUGUGACUGGUGAAUGGUUUCAUGAGGUGAAGGCAAAGCGGUUUCAGGAAGACUUAGAAGGGCCAGAAUUACUUCGAGUUUCAAUUCGAAAGAGACAGAGCGAUGCAGAUUAUGGAACAAUUGAGCAUGCCCAAGAGGAACUGGAAGGGAUGUUUUUGUCCUCCGAAGGAACCGCCGUGCCCUCCCCUGAAUCGGAAGAAGAAAGAUCACAGGAACCAACUUUGGAUUCUGCAGAAGGAUAUCAAAUGAAGCCCAAGCCCAGACUGAGGCUAUCUACCCUGCCAUCUACUGAAAAGAGAUCCAACCGCGAAGAUGUUUCUCCAGCAGACAGCGGUGUUGCUGUAAGUCCAUUCCUGGCCACAAGAAACAGCUCAGAAGGAUAUGGAAAAGGCCAUGAAGGGCACUCAUUAUCCUCUGAAAAGCUUUCUGAAAGGGAUCCAAGUGAUUGCACUUACCGGGCUGGAGUGGAUGUUUGUGAUGGUGCUACACAAAUUCCAACAAUCCAGCUAGCAGCUCAGGGAAAAACUAGUCCUUCCAGCAAGAUACCAGUUAUGACAAAGUCUAGCAAAGGAGUAUCCUAUCCUGACACAGUUCUAAGUAAUACAGCUGACAAAUCAGAGUGGAACGUAGCAAAGAGAGAGUCGCUGAAGAGCUCCAAAUUGCCCUCCCUCGGAUGGGAGAACAGCCUUCCAAAACAAGGAGGCAAUUAUACUGUCUCAUCUCUUGGUAAUAAAGAUGAGGAGAUCAGCCUAGAUCGGGAACACUUCAAAAAUCUGAAGAACUUUUGGGAGAAGGGAGGCGAGUCUGCCUUGACCAAUGAUUCAUCUGAGAAGUCCUCUGAAAAAGCCAGCAUGGUAGAAGUCAACGGGAGGCUGCCCAGACUGCGACGGUCUCUCUCGGUCCAAUCCAACCAGAGCCAGAAUAGUGAUGAAAAGACAAGUUGUAACGUCUAUCCCAAAGCCAGAGUCCUUCACAAAAGAAGUGCCACCUUAUCUUCCAGUGAAGACGAACCUACUUACAUCACACCCCCAAGGAAAGGGUCAGGGUCGUCUAUCCCCAGAUCUACCUACGGCAGGAGCAAAGGGGCGGCAAUUCAUAGAAACACGAGCGAUGGGAAUGGGAAGCAGCAUUUGGUGGAAGAAGAGAAAAAAAUGCAGCGUUUCCUAAGGAGAUCGAAGUUGCCCGUCCGUGUGCCUUCCCUUAAAAUUGAGUCCCCAACAAAAGAGCGGAGUGGGAUCAUUUUUGAGCCCGAAACACCGGCAGAUGAGUACGUCAUGGCUGACGCAAGCAAGCGGAAGACGGAUUCCUUGGUAGGCAGGGUUCAGAUAUUAAUAGAGUCCGUGUCUUUGGAGGAGCUUGACCAAGUUACUAUGGAAAGUAAUUCAGAGACUCAAAUAAAUCUAGAAGCAAACGAAGAACUGCCUGGGGAUCAGCCUUGUGAUCCUACAGGCGACCAGCCACGAAGUGGAGCUGCUGAUGAAAGAGAAGCCAUUCAAGAAGCAGAUUUGCCUCAACUUUCAGAGAGAAAUAAGCAUCGUUCUUCCGUUGCCAAGAGAUUGCCACAGGCAAACGGCCUCAGUCUUGCCAAGAGUAUGGUGAACCUUUAUACCACUACAGAGACCUACAGUAAACCUCAAAUGCUAACUCAGCAGUAUCUGGAACCGGAGAGAGCGAAAGAUUUGAGCAGAUCCACGCCUCUCCUUCUCUCAGAGACGGAAUCCGACACGGCUUCAGAAAUCAGCUUCCAGUUUAGCAGGCACAAGAAGUCUCCUAGUUUGGGCAGUCACUCCUCCGACAUGGCCUCUGUCUCCUCGGUGAGUGGCAGUGUUCUCAGCGUGUACAGUGGGGAUUUCGGAAGUGUCGAUGCUCAGGGGCUCGUUCAGUUUGCCUUGGACUACGAUGAGAAAAACCGCGAAUUCCAAAUCUACGUCUCCCAGUGCAAAGACCUGGCUAUUGUGGAUGAGAAGAAAGGCAGAACAGACCCGUAUGUCAAAACCUACCUGCUUCCUGACAAAGCUCGGAUGGGCAAGAGGAAAACAUCCGUGAAGAAGAGAACUGUGAACCCAGUUUACAAUGAGGUUUUGCGGUAUAAAAUAGAGAAAAUGGUUUUGCUGAUUCAAAAGCUGAACCUUUCGGUGUGGCACAAUGACCCUUUGGGACGGAACAGUUUCCUAGGUGAGAUGGAAGUUGACUUGGCGAGCUGGGACUGGAGCAACAACAGAUUGAACUGGUACCUGCUCAAACCACGGAGUCUGUCUACUCUCAAUUGCACCGACCAUCGGGGAGUCAUGAACCUGUCCAUUAAGUACGUGCCGCCUGGAAGCCUAGGCUGGAAGUCCCCUACAUCUGGCGAGGUCCAUAUCUGGGUCAAGGACACCAAAGAUCUCCCGCAGUUGCGCCCAUCUGGGGUGGAUUCCUUUGUGAAAUGCUACGUCCUUCCGGACACCAGCAAGAAGAGUUAUCAAAAGACCCGCGUGAUCAAGAGAGAUUCAAACCCCGUCUUUAACCACACAAUUGUAUAUGAUGGAUUUCACACGGAAGACCUAAAAGAUGCGUGUGUCGAACUGACUGUCUGGGAUCAUGAAAAACUGACCAAUCAUUUCCUCGGGGGAAUCAGGCUGGGUCUCGGAACAGGCUCUAGCUAUGGAAUUGCUGUUGACUGGAUGGAUUCCACACAAGAGGAAGUGGCUUUUUGGCAGGAAAUGAUGACGACGGCAAAUGAAUGGAUUGAAGGGACACUGCCUCUGCGCUCUUUAGCAGGGAAAAAGAAGCUGAAAUGAAACGGUUGGCUCCUCUCUGAGGACCGAAGGCCAGUUCACAGGCAGAGGGGAAGGUCAGUUGACUGCCUUCAUGCACCCAGCUUAGAGACACUUUCCAACAUUCUUUGAAGAUGUUAAGAGCAAAGUAUUAUUUCUUAUCCUGAGGGUGAACUGAAAAAAUACCAUGUUCUUACCGUACCAUAGCUAAAAGGCAAAGAAUAACUGUUGUUUACAUCUUGUGUACUAGAUGUUAGAUUUGGUUUACCCAAAGGGCAGGGAAGAAGAGAUGUAAAUAUUUUUAUAGGUAUUUUGUAAAUCAUGUUAGCAUUUUCAUGAUGCUGGGUUGUUUUUCUUAUGCAGGAGAAGUUAUAAUAAAACUGUGGUUAACUUUGCCUGUAUAUCCCCCUGUAAGCACAAUAUCAUAACAACUUUGAAACAUGAAGUCUGAAAUCGACGGCAUGUGAGAACUGUGUACCAGGAUAUCUGUGGCUGCUUUAGGAUAAGUCCCUUGGCCCAUCUGGCCGGUACUGCCUGUACUGGAGGUGGUCGUUAGAAGGUCGAUCACAGCCCACCAGUGGACAAUGGCCAACCUUCUGAUGGACCGUCCAAUAUCUUCUGGCUGCUAAGAUUUCCGCAAAGAAUGCCUGGGUUUGAUCUUACCUAGCAAGGCACCACUUCUGGGUUUUUUCCUCAGGAUCUCUUGACAAAGAUGAAUUGUGAAGAUGAACUUUAAAAAAAAAAUCUUACUUCUGAAAUAUAAAACCUAUCCUUGGCCCGUGUGGAUUAUGGUGAAGAAAAAGAAGGUGACACAACACUGAUGGGAAUCCACCGUUACCACCUGGCACCCGUGGCUACAAGCAUCAAGCAGAGGCCUUUACCCACCCACGUACCUGAAAUGGAACAUGGGAUCUUCAGCAUACAAAGCAUUUGUGCCACUGCGGAACUAGAGCCACAAGUGUUUGUUUCUCUGGAAGAGAUCUGGUCUUUCGUUGAUGCAUUAAACUCAAUUAGCCAAGCUG